CCAUUUCUAAACAAUGCUCAGGAAAAAGCCACGUUGACGAUCCAGACUGAAGAGAAGUCCAUAGUUUGAGGCAGAAUAUAGCAGAGAUUAGAUUUUUUUACGUCUCGGUUCCUCCGGACAGCAGACAUGUCGUCCCCGCCGAAGGAGAAAAUCGAAACCAAAGGUGGACAUCUACCUGCAGUGAAAGCAGGAGGUAUGAGAAUAGUGCAGAAACACCAGCCAUCUGCUACCCCUGAACCACCGCAGAAAGAGGAUGAAGAGGAGUAUGUCAGCAGCAGCCCACCAAAGGCCCCUGUGAUUGUUUCUGGAGUAGUUACUAAGGGUGAUAAGGACUUCACACCAGCAGCUGCCCAGGUGGCCCACCAUAAGCCCCAGCCAGGUGUCCCCAAGCUGCCCCCUACCCAGCACAUUAACCAGCACAUCCACCAGCCCCGCAAGUGAGCAAGCCAGCCAGCCAGCAGGCUCCAGUGGCUAUGCUAACUCCACCAGCCGGCCUUUCCAAUGGAAUACAUAGAAUGAAGAUGGUUCCCCACCAGGCACAGAUCUACGCUAAAUAUCAGUAAUUUUUGUUCGCUUCUUGCUUUUCAUGUUCAAGAAAUAUCAGCAACAGAUACUAAAUGCCGACACAAUCUUUUUGUAGAAGUCUCACUGUUGACACCCUGCCUCAUUGCUGCUGAACUUCUAGUUCUGCACUGUCCUUAUUAUAGGAAUUGUUUGGCAGUUGUAUAAGUAUUAAGUUGGCAUAAACGGGUCAAGCCUUUUAAAAUGGUUCUUUUUCAAACGAUAAACGUAAGCAGAGAAACUCGUCACUGAUCAGGUUCUGUUAGGGGAGCUUAAACCCCAUUCAGCCAAUCACAUGCAGGGAUGAGCCCUGCCUCCACCCUUCCUCCUGUCGUUAUAUCAUCAGUUUUUUUAUGAAUCAUAGACGUUUAACAAGCCAGUUUACCAGUCAUUAGAGAUGUGUAGAGAUUUCCAAAAGCAUUCCUUUUAACACCAGAAGAAAUUAUUAUACAUUGUUAAAUGUAUUCCACCGGACAAGAAAUUUUUGAGCUGAUGUAUGAAAAUAUCAAGUUGAAGCUCAUGCAGCUUUUACCCAGGUUACCCAGUUUACUACAGUUACUGGUUUAUUCAAGAUAGUCUUACCAUUGUUUGCCUUGAUUGUAAUAAAUACCCGUUCCUGGAAACAGUGACCACUUUUACUGGAAACCACCUUCUCUCACAGUUCCGUUGACUAGUUGUGUCUCGCUGCUUUAAUCCUAACAUUUUUUGACUGAGUCAGCUCCUUCCAAUUUUUAAUUUCUUUUUUUUUUUUUUUUUUUUUUUUUUUUUUUUGCUACACCGUGAAAGUUCAGCCAAAGACAUCAUGAAAACCUCUUUCUGGGAAGCAGCUGUAGGAUUUUUUGUGUGUGUUUGCAUUCACAUUAGUGCAAACAUUAAAGAAAGUGGGAGGCGAUUAACUCUCCAAUGAAGGUAAAGUGUGGACAACAGCACAACAUUCCAUACAACAUAAAGACGUCAACCAAAGUGCAACACGUUUACUUGUGCUGCCAGAUACGGUUUGUAGCAUGUCAUGAAUCUGUACGGAGCCCCAAACUCCAGAUCUCACCUUAGAAAUUACAUACAGAAUACACACAGCACCCUUUUCCUUAAUCACCCGUUUCCUUACGCCCAACUCAGCUGUAACACUAAUGAUCAAGUUAUCCAGGAGAGAAGGAAAGGUCUUACCAAGAAUGAACUGUUUCCUGUGUUAGUCAUUCAUUUGAUGAGGGUUUCAUUUUUGUUCUUUCUUUUCUUUUUCUUGAUUAAAUCGUUGAAAUUCUAAGUUUUUAGUCAUGAAGUGGACUUGAGUAUUAGCUGUAAUUGUCAUAAUAAAUAAAGAUGUUGAUUAUCA